AUGACUAGAAACUGGAAGAAGGCAUUGUUGAAAGCAUUGUGCUACUGGUAUGGUCUGGUGGCCGCUUCUCCUUCUUUUGUUACCGCGGCGUCAGCGGCCAAAUUGACACCGUUCGUACCGUUGUUUCUCGGAGCUGUCACGAGGGGCGAUUGUCCCCUGUCUGUCUCCUUCUUCGAUGGAAGGCCGGGCGAAGAUCGCGAGGCCAUGGUCAAGCCUCAAAAUCAAAAGCUGUUACGAUGCCGGAUCCAACGGCCUGGUACGAGUCGAGUCCUAGAAGAAGGGUAG